UUCAUUUUUAUUUUAUUUUUUUUAUUUUUCAAAACAAUAUGCCGCAUGCGCGUAACAGGAAUCCGAGCCCCAUUCCAGAAGUGACAUGGGACACAGGACUGAAAGAAAUGAACGAAACUUGGAAGGGGGCGAUCGCUUGUCUCGGCGUUGCCAUCUUCUUCGUUAUGACCAUCGGGAUCAUCUAUUGGCAAGUGGUGGAUCAGCCCAAUAAAAACUGGAUCCUACGAGGCGGCUUCAGCGGACUCAUCUGGGAACGACGGACGCACUCUCUGGUCGUACAGACGCUGGCCGAAGACAAGACCUUUGUGGAGAUUGACGUGGGAAACGUGGAAACCUCCGACACGGAGAUUCCCUUCGUCAGAAACCUCUGCUGGCUCAACAAGACAGAGUUCUGCUAUACGUGGGAUUCGAUUGCAGACGUAAAGAUCGCUCUGGAGUCGGAUGACGCGUCGGAGACGGAGUGCUACAAUAUAACAUGGACAGCCCUCCAUUGUCAAGUAGAUCUGAAGGACUGCUUCUCCAUGGGGAACGUGUCGUGGUACGGGGGCGCCAGUGUCCAGGCGCAGAACUGGCCCAUAAACGCCGCCAACACGUCCAUGCAGCCCUUCACCGUCGGCGACCUGCGGGAGAACCCGGGCGGGUACGGGCCCGUGCUGGAGCGGUACUUCCUGGGCUCGUCAGGUGUGGCGGUGCUGGCAGACCCGGAGCUGCCCCUGCAGGUGGGGUUCGAGAGCAGGACGCAGUUCUGCCUGCGGGCGGCGCCCGGGAUGGACCGGCGGCCGCUGCGCUACAGCGUCUGCGUGGGCCGCGACCUCAAGGCCGUCCACCAGGAGGUGGGGCGCAGGCUGCACCCCCGCCAGCGCGGGGCGCCCAACCUCAGCAUCCUACGGCUGCCCUUCUGGAAGCUCCUGGCCAAGGUGGACUCGGGUGCCAAGGUGGAGAGGGAGAUCAGGACCUUCUCCAAUCGCCUGCGCAGGCACCAGCUGGGGGAGGGGGUCAUCAGCCUGAACGAACAUUCCUCAUCCCUCCUCUCCGACACGGACCAUGAAUUUGUCUCAGGCAGGAGGAGGACGUCUAAGAGGCAGACCAGGACCCUGCCGAUGGUGCGGCUUCUGAACAUUUCCGUCACGCUGUCUCCGUACCUGAGUGUGGAUUCCCGGCCGGUCCAGACCUCCCUGCAGGAUGGGACAGAGGGGUACUGGCUCAGUGCACUGACAGCGCCCCACGGACACCCGGUUCCUCUGUUGACCCAGUGGAAGGGGAAGUUCUGUGUGAAACUGAACCUCUCCAACCCAGCCGCAGGGAACUGGUUCCAGGACCGGGUGGAGGGGCUACAGUCCCAGCUGGACGCCGAGUUUGUGAUCCUGGAGGGGGGGGCUGGGGCCCCGCGUCUCCCCAGCAACGGGGCCACAGACCAGUACAUCAGACUGCUGGCGGCCCUGGCGACCAAGGUGGGGGACUCCACCGUGGUUACCGCGGGAACCAGGUCCAGCGACGUUCCUCUGUUCAUCGGGAUGACCCCGCUGCGGGGUGACUGGAGCUCUUCCGGCCUGAAGGGGAUCAUUCCCUCCGUCCUCCACUACAGCCUGCUGGGGUACAGCUUCUUCCUGCCUGACGCAGUAGGAGGCUCUCUGAGCCGUGACCUGGUCACCGAUGAGGAGCUGUUCAUCCGCUGGCUGGAGAUCUCCUCCUUCCUCCCCGUGCUCACCUUCCACACGCCGCCCUGGGUGUGCGGCGAAGACCGGCUCCUGAACCUGACACGGUUCUACAUCUCCAAGCACCAGGACUUUGUGGUUCCUCUGAUAGUGAAGUACGCCAGCGAGUGGCAGAGGGACAGGAGCCCCGUAUACCGCCCCCUGUGGUGGAUCAGCCCGGACGACCCCUACACCUACACCAUCGACGACCAGUUUCUCAUCGGAGAUGAAGUCCUUGUGGCACCCGUGACGGAGAGAGGCGCCCUACAGAGAGAUAUUUAUCUCCCUGGAAACGGCCUUCAGUGGCAGGACACCAGCAACGCUCGAGUGUUCGACGGAGGGACGUUCCUGGAGAACUAUCCCGUCGGCCUGGAAGACGUGGCUGUUUUCACACGGAGGAGUUCCUGAAUCCUGGAAGAUGUGGCCGUUUUCACACGGAGGAGUUCCUGAAUCCUGGAAGACGUGGCCGUUUUCACUCGGAGGAGUUCCUGAAUCCUUGAGGACUAACGCUUACUGUUCUUUUUUUUUUUUCUUCCAUUUGCGCGUUCUGAGUUGCACUUUCCUGAAAGACCAUUGACCGUGUCUGGAGAUGUAAUCUUCAGGCUGUAGUUUUGAGAAAUUUUUUAUACUUGCACUUUACGAUUCAAAAUGAUUUCUAUAAUUUUUUUCUUUUUUUAAAUCUUUUCAUCCGCUUCGUUCUGUUCUGCCGUUUUUUAUUUGUUGCAUUUAGUCACAACAAAAUACCUGUGUGUUUACAUUAGAUCAAUUUUACAGUCUUUAAAAAAAAGUUUAAACAUCACUGGUUCCCAUCCAAUGGAGUGACAAGGUAUUGCCUUUAUAUUCUUAAAAAUCUUUUCUUUUUUUUUUAAAUUUUUUUUUUAAAGAAGACCAAAUAAGGAGGAACACAUGGACCGAGUCCUCUCAAGUCAGUGCACAGCCUGGAGGGGAAAUGCACAUAAUCCGCCAUUUUGUAGGAAACGUGCUGCCUGGUGUGUCGGCUGCCUUUCGUGACACAGCUUUUACUUGAACCCCAUGGGCUACGGCGUCCGCAGUACCUCGAAUGCAGCACCGCGUCAUCUUAUGUGGAAAACCUGUCGCCUCUCGUCGAACCGUCUCCUGCGGCGGCCAUCUUAGAAGCACUUAUAAUCGUCUGAGCCCCGACUGCACUGUGCAGUAAAAUGGCGGUUGAACGAGCCUCAACGUAAGCUAAAACCACACAAGGACCCAAACCGCCACCUUUUCAUAUUCCCUCUAACUGCUUUCAUCUGGAGAACUCAUACAGUAUGGACACAAACAUAAAGUGUGUCGUUGCAUUUUGAGUCGAAGUGCAAAACUUUUUUUAGUUGGUUCAAGCAAGUCAGUGAUCAACAGCUCCAUGUCGCUCAACCUAUUUGGAGGUUCAUGAGACCUGAUUGUCUCAUCUCUCCCUCUCUCUCUCUCUCUCUCUCUCUCUCUCACACACACACACACACACAUACACACACACACACACACACAGACACACAUUGACGUGCACACAGACACAACGUUUACCUGAUUUAGUGGUAACACACUAGGAGACAGUUAGGAGUCCCCGCAGUUAAACUACAGUACAUGAACUUGGGUACACGGCUGGAAUAAACCCCAGAGGUCAGAGGUCAGAGGUCAUGUUUAGCCAGAAUGGAGCACGCACAAUGUCAUCAAAGCUCUUAUGAUGGACGCAGAAGAAAACAAACCAGCAACAAAACAAUGUGGACUGAGGAACUGUCGAUUUUUAAGGCCCGGAGCUUUCCAAUAUGCAAUAUACGUCAGCUGUUUUUGAUCGUAAUAAGUCAUUUCAUGUAAAUAUCUUUGUUAUAUGUACACUGUUGUCGUGUGAGGUUUCGAUCUUGGCAUGUGUGGCACUAGAAUAGUGCCUUAACAGAUACCAGACUAGUAGGCCUGUCCAGAACAGUAAAACAAUAACCCCUGACAGAAGCAAUAACACUGACCUAGGUUCACAUAUCUGUACUGUACAUGUCUGAUUUAACUCCAUCCCAUUGCAUUCACAUCUAGAUAUAAUGUCUACACCCGGGACCGGAACUACAAAACUUAAUUUGAACUUUUAUUUUACGUGUUUACUGUGUAAUAAAACUCUCAGGUCUUGUUAAGAUUUCAUGGGAAACACACACACACGUACUCGCAUGUGCAGACACACACACACACACACACACACACACACACACAGACACGUCUUAGUGCACCACCUCGUACACACUUUAAUGUCUUAAUCUCUUGCAGGAAAUGCACAUUUGAACUUAACCUGAAGACUGUAUCUGUCAAAUGCCUUUUUUCUAAGAUGGAGGUACUGUAUACUGUUUCCUGCUUUUGUGUUCUUAACUGCCACAAUGUCACAGACAGGAAGUGAUCACAUUUCCCUGCUGUGAUUGGAGCAGAUCACAGACAGGAAGUGAUCACGUCUCGGUUAUCCCUGUUGUGAUUGGAGCAGGCUGGAUUAGUGACCCACCAGCAGUGGAGAUGGGCAGUUUGCCUCUGUAUGCCAGAAGCUUACACACUUUCAUGUGCCAUUACAUGUUUUGUUUUCUGCAAAUUGUUUAGAGAAAUGAAAUUGACAAA